AUGAGCGGUUCGCUUGUUACGACAGGGGGCAUCUCCGACCCGGCCCUCAUCACGCUUGUGAACAAGCUUCAAGAUGUGUUCGCCACGGUCGGUGUCAACAACCCAAUCGAUCUUCCCCAGAUCGCAGUCGUUGGUAGCCAGUCGAGCGGUAAGAGUUCCGUCCUGGAGAACAUUGUGGGACGAGACUUUUUGCCUCGAGGAUCAGGAAUUGUCACCCGCCGACCGCUCGUUCUCCAGCUGAUCAACCGCCCUGCUCAGUCAAAUGGGGUCAAGCAAGAAGACAUUUCCACAGCCACGGACAAGGCUGCCAACGCCGACGAGUGGGGAGAGUUCUUGCACAUCCCUGGCCAAAAAUUCUACGACUUUACCAAGAUCCGAGAAGAGAUUUCGCGAGAGACUGAUGCCAAGGUUGGACGCAACAUGGGUAUCUCAGCUGCCCCUAUCAACCUACGAAUCUACUCUCCCAACGUCCUGACAUUGACUUUGGUGGAUUUGCCUGGUCUUACAAAGGUUCCUGUCGGCGACCAACCUCGAGACAUUGAGCGACAGAUCCGUGAAAUGGUUCUCAAGUACAUUGGCAAGUCGAACGCUAUCAUUCUCGCCGUCACAGCCGCAAACAUCGACUUGGCCAACUCCGACGGUCUGAAACUCGCGAGAGAGGUCGAUCCCGAGGGUCAGCGAACUAUUGGUGUCCUCACCAAGGUCGAUUUGAUGGACGAGGGUACAGAUGUCAUUGAUAUUUUGUCGAACCGAGUCAUUCCUCUUCGCCUGGGCUAUGUCCCUGUUGUCAACCGAGGUCAGCGGGAUAUCGACAACAAGAAGGCUAUCAAUGCCGCACUUGAGGCCGAGAAGAACUUUUUCGAGAACCACAAGGCUUACCGAAAUAAGAGCUCGUACUGCGGCACACCAUAUCUGGCGCGAAAGCUGAAUCUCAUUCUUAUGAUGCACAUCAAGCAGACCCUGCCUGAUAUCAAGGCUCGCAUUUCCAGCUCGCUUCAGAAAUACACCACCGAACUAGACAGCCUGGGUCCUUCGAUGCUGGGCAACAGUGCCAACAUCGUGCUCAACAUCAUCACCGAAUUCACGAACGAGUGGAGGACAGUACUGGACGGUAACAACACUGAGCUAUCUAGCACUGAACUCUCUGGUGGUGCCCGUAUCAGCUUUGUUUUCCACGAGCUGUAUGCAAAUGGUGUGAAAGCUCUCGAUCCUUUUGAUGUCGUCAAGGAUGUGGACAUUCGCACCAUCCUGUACAACUCUUCCGGUUCUUCCCCUGCUCUUUUCGUUGGCACGACCGCCUUUGAGCUUAUUGUCAAGCAGCAAAUCAAGCGAGUCGAGGACCCAAGCUUGAAGUGCGUCUCACUGGUUUAUGAUGAACUGGUACGAAUUCUGUCUGGCCUUCUCAGCAAGCAGCUGUACCGCCGUUACCCCUCGCUCAAGGAAAAGAUGCACACGGUCGUCAUCGCUUUCUUCAAGAAGGUUAUGGAGCCUACCAACAAGCUCGUCAAGGAUCUGGUUUCUAUGGAGGCUUGCUACAUCAACACCGGCCACCCUGACUUCUUGAACGGCCACCGAGCAAUGGCGAUUGUAAAUGAGCGCCACACCCAAGCCAAGCCUGUGCAAGUUGACCCUAAGACGGGCAAGCCUCUGCCUGCUUCUUCUACCCCAGCCAGAGCGGCUAGUCCUGCUGUGCCAGACACUGAAGGUUCCAACGCUGGAUUCUUCGGAAGUUUCUUCGCUGCCAAGAACAAGAAGAAGGCCGCUGCCAUGGAAGCCCCACCGCCAACUCUCAAGGCCUCAGGCACUCUAUCUGAGCGUGAGAACAUCGAGGUUGAGGUUAUCAAACUGCUCAUUGCCUCAUACUUUAAUAUUGUUAAGCGCACCAUGAUCGACAUGGUGCCCAAGGCCAUCAUGCUCAACCUAGUCCAAUUUACCAAGGAUGAGAUGCAGCGCGAGCUUCUCGAGAACAUGUACAGAACUGACUCGAUAGAUGAGCUCCUCAAAGAGAGCGACUUCACCACCCGAAGACGGAAGGAAUGCCAGCAAAUGGUCGAAUCCCUCGGCAAGGCGAGCGAAAUCGUCAGCCAGGUUCAGUAA